GGCUGCGCGGGGCUCCCGGCGCCGGGGGGCCAUGCGCCGGGCCGCGCCGGCAGCCUGGGGACCCGGCGCAACUUGCCGGGCAGCCUGAGGAGUUGGGGCGGCCGCGGGCUCCGCGCCGCGGCGCCCGGCCGCCUUUCUUCCCCCUCGCCAGAACCCGCCUCCCUUUUGGCCGUGGGGGAGGGGGCUCGUGUCCCCCCCUCCUCAGAGACCCGGUCGGCCCCCGUCCGCUCCAGCCCCCGCGGAGCCGCGCAACUUCCCCGGAGCUGGGGCCAAAGUGAGCGCAAAGUGCUGCCCAAGUUGCCGGGAUGGAGCUGCAGAGCCGGCCCGAGGCGCUCGCCGUGGAACUCGCGCGCCACCAGAACGGCGACCUGAAGAAACAGCUCCACGAGAGGCAGCCGCGGAUCGCCGCGCUCAGCGACAAACAAGCUUUGGGAACCAUCACUGCAGUGCCUGUCACAGGUCCUCAGGUGAGCUCCUUGCAGAGGUUGGCCGGGCAAGGAGCGGCAGUGCUACCUCAGGUUAGGCCAAAGACUUUGAUUCCAGACAGCCUCCCCGUCACCCCGGGCCGGGACCGGCCACCCAAGCAGCCCCCAACCUUCCAGAAGGCCACCGUGGUCAGUAUCAAGAACCCCAGCCCAGCCCUCCCCACUGCCAACAACACCGUGAGCCAUGUGCCAACGCCCGGCAGCCAGCCCCGUGCCCUUGCCGAGCCUGCCACCGUCACCUCUCCUCUGAGCAGUGCCGGGGUGGCCUACGCCCUCAUCUCCACCGCCCCCAGCAAUGCCACCGCCAUGGCCCCCAGCACCGCCGUGUCCGUGGUCAGCGACAGCGUCAAAGUCCAGCCCCUCCUCAUCAGUGCCGACAACCAGCCUCCUCGUUCCUCUGUGAUACCGCCGUUCGAGGCCCCGUGCCCGUCUGGGGCGGACACACCUGGCCCUGGGCUCUGUGGGCCUGCCUUCCCUGGGCCCUCCCGUUCCCCCCUCACCCCUCUGCCCCGUCCCCAGGUCAUCAUCAUUCAGCCUCAAGUGCAGACGCAGCCCGAGAGCACGGCGGAGUCGCGGCCGCCCACAGAGGAGCCAUCUCAGGGAGCUCAGGCCACCAAAAAGAAGAAGGAAGACCGGCCCCCGAGCCAGGAGAACCCCGAGAAAAUCGCCUUCAUGGUAGCGCUGGGCCUGGUGACGACGGAGCAUCUGGAAGAAAUCCAGAGCAAGCGCCAGGAGCGGAAGAGAAGAAGCACAGCGAACCCCGCCUACAGCGGCCUCCUGGAGACAGAGAGGAAGCGGCUGGCGUCCAACUAUCUCAACACCCCCCUGUUCCUCACAGCAAGAGCCAAUGAGGACCCCUGCUGGAAGAACGAGAUCACCCACGAUGAGCACUGUACUGCCUGCAAGCGAGGGGCCAACCUGCAGCCCUGCGGUACCUGCCCAGGGGCCUACCACCUCAGCUGCCUGGACCCGCCCCUCAAGACAGCACCCAAGGGCGUGUGGGUGUGCCCCAAGUGCCAGCAGAAGGCCUUAAAGAAAGACGAAGGUGUGCCCUGGACCGGGAUGCUGGCUAUUGUGCACUCCUACGUCACCCAUAAGACAGUCAAAGAAGAGGAGAAGCGGAAGCUGCUGCAGAGGGGCAGCGAGCUACAGAGCGAGCGCCGGCAGCUGGAGGAGCGGGACCGGCUCCUGGCCUCGGCAGUGAAGAAAUGCCUGGAGCUUAAGACGAGCCUGCUGGCCCAGCAGAGGGGCACCCAGUCAUCCCUGGACCGCCUGAGGGCCCUCCUGAGACUGAUACAGGGCGAGCAGAUGCUCCAGGUCACCAUGACGACCACCAGCCCCGCCCCGCUGCUGGCCGGGCCCUGGACCAAGCCCUCAGCAGCGGCCAUGCACUCUGCCCUCCAGCACCCCCCGGGGCACAACUGACCCCAAGGGACCCGUCUUCACACCCACGGAAAGUCACUGGGACCCUGUUCGCAAGACCUGAGGGUUCUGUCAGCCUUAAUUCAUACACACUAUGAAUUUCAGACAAAAAUAAAACCAGACAGAGACAGGAAAGAAGGGAGAAGAAGCUGAGUGAGAGUCCUAGAGCCAGGAUGGGUGGGGAUAGAGUCCUGCGCCCUCCAGGUCAGAUGGGACGCCCGGAAGCCAGGUCGGGGCACAGAGUCAACUCCCUGCUGUUGGGGGGCUGCCCGGGCCUCCGGCUUCUGGACACAGCUGUCUCCUGGGCCUCGUGCCACCCCCGCGGGAGAGAGAAGGGCCGAGGUGCCCUGUGGGAGGGGAGCUGAGGACACGACGUAGCCAAGUAGUAGAGCUAGUUGGGGCGAGAGGCGGGUAGCAAAUCUAGGUAGACUCAGCCGCCCGCCCCCACGGGGCCGUCGGGCUCACGCCAGGCCUUCCAGAACGCCCAUCCCUGUUGUCAGUGUUAUUAGCGGUCAGAAUCGCAGCUGUUUAACUUGAAGGACGCUCCCCAGGGGACGCUGCUGUGGCCCGGCCAGGCCUCCGUCUGCCCCCCGGUCUUGGGGGCGCCCUCGCUGUGCGCCUUCCUCCUCCGCUGACUUUUUGGACUCCUCUUGCCCUCGAUGUCUUUUUCUCGUGGAGUUUCUGGGCGAGAGAUGGAGCUGCAGCCACGCCAGGGAGGCAUUUGGCAGGUUUUCUAUUUUGGGUUGAAUCGUUCAACUUAACGACUGAAGCCUUUUCUUUCCUCCUUUUGAAGAGCCGAUAUAGUAUUCCAUUCCUCUUUUCUUGCCAGUACAGACACUAUGCCAAAAAAUAACUUUACAUUUUUGUAUGGCGUUUUUAUUGUGAGAUAUUUAAUGUGAAGGGGACACUUGGUGACUUCUAUUCCUGUUCACAGUGGUCUCUGCUGCCAGGAUGAACGGAAAACCCCUCGGGCGGGGGAGCUGCCAAACUGGAGGGACCCAGAGGGUUUUUUAAGAAGUGGGGGGAGGGGGAGGAAGAGAGGGCAGUGGCCUCGGGAGACUAAAGGGUCCCUCUUGCUGUCUCCAUGAGAGCGAAGGGUGCCCGCCGCCCUGCAUCCGGGAUGGGCCGUGCGGGCUUGUCACGCCCACUGGCUUCUCCAGUCCCGAGGGACUUAGCACAACAAGAUGAGCGUCCGGGAGCCACAGGACUCCCACCCCCAGCACAUCACACGGUGCCGAAUUGCAUUGAACAUACGUGUGCGUGUGCACACGUGGCCCCAGACACGCAUGCACGCACGCUGCCAGGUGCAGAGCAAGGAGGCUGGCCGGAAUCCCGCAGACUGCCAUGGUCCCUCCUGUCAUUUUCACGACUCCGGGAGAAACUGUGCUGUACGAUACAGAUCUAUUUUAAUACACUUAACACUGGGUUGAACAAGAUUUUUAUAUUCUUUUAUUGAUGAACAAAGUGAACUGUAAGACACACGUCUUAUAUAUUGGUUACCCUAGAUGCCAAUUACGCAUUACCGCGUGGCUUGCGAUGUAAAUGUCUUCAGGUUCCUUCUUUUGUUGGUUGGUUUUUCUUCUUGGAUGGAUUGAAUUAAAUUUUUUUUAAAAUGUAACGGGAAGAUAUGAAAGGUUGGACCCGGGAGGGGUAGCUGCCAAUGUGUCUUGAGACUUAGUUUUUUGGACCAAGGAGGACCGUCCAAUGGAUAGCGGGACUAGAGAAAAAGUGUUUGUCUUAAAUAUGCCGAUGUAGUUUUCCUCUGUACGAUGCAUUAAACUCGAUGGAUGGUU